CUCCCCUGAAUGCAGCAUUAGUUAGGAGCGUAUCCUGGGCACCAUGGAAAUGUGCACGAGAAAUGAAUGAAAACAAAUGAACAGGACUCGCCGGUGAUGGAAUAAACUCACCCAGACUGCAGUUCUGUGCACGACAAGAAGACAGUUUAAUCAAAGGGGCAAGAGUGGAUGGUUGCUGCCAAUGGGGCUGUUUGACAAGUUGGCAGGAUGGCUGGGCUUCAAGAAAGAAGUCAACGUGCUCUGCCUAGGCCUGGACAACAGCGGCAAAACCACCAUCAUCAACAAACUCAAACCGUCCAAUGCGCAGGCACAAGACAUCGUCCCAACCAUCGGUUUCAGCAUCGAGAAGUUCAAGACGUCCAGCCUUUCCUUCACAGUGUUUGACAUGUCGGGCCAAGGCAGAUACAGAAACCUGUGGGAGCACUACUACAAGGAGGGGCAGGCUGUCAUUUUUGUCAUCGACAGUGCGGAUAAGCUGAGGAUGGUUGUGGCCAAAGAAGAAUUGGAAACUUUAUUGAAUCAUCCCGACAUUAAACACAAGCGGAUUCCCAUCCUGUUCUUGGCGAACAAGAUGGAUGUCCGAGACGCUCUGUCUUCAGUCAAAGUCUCCCAGCUGCUGUGCUUGGACAAUAUCAAGGACAAACCUUGGCACAUCUGUGCCACCGAUGCGCUGAGAGGCGACGGCUUGCAGGAAGGGGUGGAGUGGUUACAAGAUCAAAUCAAAUCCAUGAGAACAUGAGAGGGGGCGUGAAGCAGCUUUUGCAGGAGGAGUUCUGGAUUGCGUAAAACAAACCCUGGUGGUCCCUGGAGCCAUCUAAAGAAUUGUCUUUGACGUGUGUGU